AUGCUUACAGUCAAUGCUGCCCAGCCUCGUCUGUCUUCCAAUGGUUUCAGGCUUAACGCCAGAGUACUCCCUGUGUUGGACGUACGGACGCAGCCUUAUAGAAUUUCAGAGGUCAGUCAAUUUGAUCGGUCAUUCGCUGAAGCACAGUUAAAACAUGAGGCCGCCGCCGUCCACGAUUCUCAGCGGUUUCUUCGCCGAGUAGCAUCAAAGCUCGCCCGUCCUGAUUCAGCAUUCACAGCCGCUGCUUUGUCACGCCAUGUUGAAUCGAAUGGGUCCGCCGUUGUUGCUCAAAUAUACAUUGAGAAACUUGUCGCUGCUGGUGUAUAUUCUUCCCAUAAAGUCGAGAUCCCGGGAAAUCUCCUCAUCACUGCCGUAAAACACUCCAACCUGGAACUGGUCAAGCUCCUUGCCUCAUUUUCUUCAGUAAACACUCUUGGAAUAGCUUUGAACAUUGCAGUAUUAAAAAGACAGCAGCCCAUAGCAAGAACUUUACUCGAAAAUGGUGCUGAUACUGAUCACCUCCCUCAAUCAACCCUUUCGAUCGCUGCCACGGCCGACCAACCGAUUUUCCAGUUCAUUCUUCAAGCACCAAAACAACUCCCACAUGAGAGGUUUGGGCGUCUCUGUGCCGAUGCCAUCAACAAUGGCAGAUCUGACACUUUGGAUUUAUUGCUUCGUCGUCUCCCUGAUUACCACAUCCUUGGGGAGGGCACUCCAAGGUGGAAUCGAGAUAUGCUACUUCAGACUGCGAUAGCCUCGCAAUACGAAAGCGCUUUCUUCGCCAUUGCAGCUGCCACAAAUACUUGGCCUUUGACCAAUGGCAACCUCUUCCUCUAUGUAUUAGAUUGUGCUCGCCCCUUAAUCCUGUUGGACAUGAUGGACGCUCUUCUGGGUCUAUGCACUUUCCCUGCAGAGUCAGCAGUGCAUACUCAACUCGACGAUCUCCUAUUUCGUUGUAUCGAAGAUGAGCUAGAAGAUAUUCUCCAAUGCUUGCUCACUCACAAGGUUCCAAUUGUCACCAGAUUUGUCACCUUUGCUUGUGAAAGACGCAAGCGGAAGAGCCUGGAGAGGCUCCUGGAAGGCAAUCUACAGGGUGGGGAGCAGAUUCUCUCAUCUGUGUUAACAGCAUUUGGGCAGUCCGCCGAGGAUUUGCGCUCAAAAGCACUUCUGCAACUUCUUCAUUGUCACAAUCGAGGACGUUGGACACAGCAAGAGCUUCUGAGGGCAGUUUCCUUGAACCAGUCGCAUCUGAUUGGCCCGCUGAUCAUCUCGGGUGCCUCAGUCAAUUGGAACGAAGGAGAAUGCCUCAAGAUUGCCAUCUCUUCCAACAACGUAUCCCUUGUCAAAGCCCUGCUUUCGCAUGAUGUGGCUCUACCAACACUUCAGUCCACGUUUCCGCUUGUCCGACAGACAGAGCCUUUACCUCGCAGACUUAUUACUAGGCUAUUUCUUAACAAAGGAGUUUCAGGGGCUUCAGUCGAUUUGAGUUUGAACCAGUCACUUUGCGAUUAUUCCCCAGCCAGGGAUGUAGAGCUAUUAGAUAUUCUCAUUAGUGCGAACGCCUGUUGCGAGGUCCACUCACUUCUUAUCGCCAUGCAACAUUCUGACUCAGAUAUAUUCGAUAAGCUCAGAUCAUCAAGCACCAUUCGAUACAAUGGUGCUGUUGAAUGGUUUAAGGCUCACCAUGCUGACCUGUUUGAUCAGGUACUUUUGGAUAACUCGUCCUCCCAUAUGUCCUCCUCUUACUUGAUGCUGUUUCUCCACAUAUCAGGACGAAUUCCAGAGACAUGCCGUGACCACGGCUCAGCACGCAGAUAUGACUGUUUUCAUCGACUACUUGAGCACCAUACACAUGAUCGAGCAUUGCUAGAUACAUGUUUGAACUCCCUGCAUGGACUGGAUGUACUUUCCCUGCUCGAAAUGGCGAUGACUGUUAGCUGCUUCUGCAAUGUUGAAACGACCAAUUAUAUCUUGAGUUCUGAUCCUUUCACCAAGUGGAGCAAGAAUUCGAUUGCCAGGUCGUUGAUCGAAUCUACCGAUCUACACCGAAACAACCCUCCUGUGCAAAUCCCGUUACCGAAACCAGACAUCUCUCGCUUUUCUGACAACAGAGCUUUGCAAUGUAUGACCACAUUCUUUCUAAGAUAUAUCGAAGGUACAGCAGCAGCCUCUCUCACUACGAGGUUACUCUGGAGACAUCUUGAAGAAUUGCACCGAUGCUUUGGCGGUGAACAGUGGCCACUUGCUACUAUUGAAUUUCUUCUGUCGCAGCCUAUCAACACCCACUCCAUGGAAUUCGAAGCCUGUCUUGAAUUGGCCAAUUCUUCUGGGCAAUUGACAACGCUCCAGACACUCUUGGACCGAAAGUUGCCGGAAACGACCAUCUCGAGGCUUCUCGAGACUGACUUUGGGUCGCUAACGAUAGCGGCGCUUGAUAUCAUUCUCAACUCAGCUGCCAUCUCUUGUGUCAACGCGGAAACCAGUACUUUAAUGCAGCGACUUUUUGAAGUCUCCUUGAGCUCACAUGACCAUCGCAAGGCGCUUCUUCUCGCUUCAAGAUUUCCUCAUAAGCUUCGAAUCACCGCGGCGCUACAUGUGUUGAGUGAAGGAAUAAGUCACAACAGUGCCAUCGAGUGGUUUCCGACGAUCUUAAGUACAGUAGAGAGCGACCAGGAAGAGCUUGAGCUUCUCUGGCGACAUCUCCAAGUACGGCUUCAUCCAGAAAAGGAUCAAUGGAAAGUCAAGACCCUUCUCGAUGCAGGGGUGACGGGGCCUGCUGUUGCAGAAACAUUCGUUCGCAAUGUAAGAAGUGGAAAUCAUGCAAUCGCUGCGUUAAUCCUCGAGCAUUGGAAAACGGACCGGUGCGCGAGCGGUCGUGAAUCUUUUGACUUUGAAAACCGUGUUAGAGGCCCACAUCUUGAGAUUGCAGCGGCAAGAUACCCUCCAAGUCAUGCAUUCUUCUGCACUCUCGGCGAUGCGCUGUUGUCAGCUGUCUUGAAUGGGGAUUUGCCAAUGUGCCAGAUGUUGAUCACAGCUCAGGCUCCAUUUGUGCGCGGUGAAAAGACUAUCAUUGAGGUUGCUACCAAGGCCAUGGAUGGUGAUACAUUGCUUGCGUUCAUCACAAUCUGUGUCUGUCGCGAUGACUUUGGUCCUGCUGGUGUUGAUUUCGCUCUUCUAGAGACUGUGAAGUGUGCACUUCCCGAGUCGGUCAAAGCUAUGGUCGCCGCUGGAGGGUCUGUUCUAGCAUACGACGGUGAUUGUCUGAAAGAAGCAACGGCCGCAGCGUGCUGUGGCCAAAUGGACAUGCUCAAGAUGUUGCUAUCGCUGAGGCCAGACGAAGAUUCUUUCAUUUGUGUUGCAAAAGAGACGACUCGCUUAUUGCAGUCGCCUUUAGACGAACCACAAAUCUUUUGUGAAGUAUUUGGUCUCCUUCGCCAAAGCGGUUUUCAAGACGUCAGCCAUUUUAAUGCGGCACUUACUGGCCUAUGUGGGAUGAAGUCAACGCAAUGGAACCAUGCUCAAGUUUUCCUCGGUUAUGGCGCAAGUGUUGAGUCAACUGGAGGCGCUUGCAUGAUCCAAGCGUGGGCGUUUGGGAAUCUACAGUUGUAUCCACAGCUUUUCAGCCAGUGUAAGGAGCAAUCUGUAUUGGACCGUCUUUUCGACAUCGCAGUUGCAGACCAUACAAGCGGAGAUGUCGCCAGAUCACUCCGCUCUUGUGAAGAUGCACUUGUAGUUCUUGCUCCCCUUCUCAUAACCAACCUUCCCUGCCAUAGCCGCUCCGCAGCGUUGUCAAAAGUUGCGUCUCAGUCUAGUCCGAGCGCAGCGAUCUUGGAGCUGAUGUUACAGACCGGCGCGCCCAUUACUGAGCUUGAAGGCGACACACUUUAUCGAUUGUCCCGCCUAAAUGAUGCGAAUAUAAACUCACUGAUUGCCCACAGUGGACCAGCAAUAACAGCUAGGCUAGGGGCACUUCAGCUCCUCUUCAAAUCCGAGGAUCCUCUGAACACCUCGAACAAUAGGUCAGCGAAUGGAAAAUCGGAUGAUUUAGGCUACGCCUGCUUCGAUCUCCUGAUUUGGCCACCAGGCACGCCAGAUGCAUUUACCAGAACAAAGCACCACAAAGCCCUGUUCAAGACCAUGUUAGCGCCUGCUACUCAGCCCAGUUGCCUUGAACUGAUCGAAGCAUUCCUGCGGACACCUCAAGGCCUGGGCUUCGUGGCAGCACAUUGCAAAGCGAUAGGAUGCAACUCAAUGGAGGAACUGCUGAGUACGAGCAUCGCGGCCUCGCUAGACAAUGAUGGCGACCGGCAAAUCGGAUUGAUCAUUAGUGCAAUGCAAGUCAACGCUCCGCGUGUCCUCGCUCGAUUCGAGUUACAGGCUGCCGAAUCCGAGCAGUUCUUCGACUGCAUAUCCGACCAAGAAACUCACACUGCUGAGGAACAAAUCAAAACUUCUUCUAUGUACCUACCAGCAACACUGAACCAAUUUUGUCUCUACGUUGAGAACGAUGGUUUCACCUAUGAACUUGCCAAGGUUAAGCCUGAAGACAUCGGACAUCAGCAUCUUGGGCUUGCGCUACCACGGAAAUCCGUGAACCGGCUAUUACUUGCCGCUUUGAGGCGUCCGAGACUGUCAGCAUUGAUUGCUGUACUCAUCGAUGCGGGUGCGGAUCCAAAUAUUGUUGACUCUGAAGGACGGUCUGCUCUCUUUUUGGCUACAUCUCGAAACGACUGCUCGGUCAUGGGUGACCUAGUUAGUAAAGGCGCUUCUGUCGAUGAUGGCAGCCUACAUCUUGCGACUUGCAAUCAAAAUCAUAUGGCAAUGGAGAUUCUCCUCAAAGCUGGCCACAGCAUUAGUCAUCAAUCGCCUCUAAAUCAUAACGCAACAGUUCUGGAAGCUCUCAUGCGGUUUGAUCACCCAAAAAGAAAGGUGAACCAGUUCAUCCCUACCAUGAAUCUUCUCCUCAAAGACGCCGAUUUAGCAGCAACAAUUUGGCAGGCUCGACCGAAUUUGGCAGGAAUUGCCCUUGAAGGUAAAUGGCCCUUUGAAUUUGUGUCUGCUCUUCUUGAGUUCAGACCGAGAUCAGGAGUCAAGACCACACUGCUCCGUCGUGGCUGUUACCGAUUCUCCUUGCUCAGUGCCAUAGAAAAGUGGGACACCGAUAUCAGACUUACCGAUACCGAGCGUCAGCAACUUGUGGCUCGACUGGUCGAAUUGGGAUUCCAGAGGAGAUACUAUGCGAGCGAAGGCAAGCAGCCAAGUGAUGCUAUUGGCAUACCUGAUCGCUUGCUCGACCCUGACAGUAGAGACCGCCUUCAGGCCUGGAAGGACAAGGAGUGCUCCGUGUGCGGUGACAGACCAAAAGCCCCGGCGAACAUACAUGCUCAUCUUUCCGCUGCGUGUCCCACAAAGCACAGUUGGAAAGAUGAAAUAAUUUGCAUCGAUUGUCUCAGGCUAUGCCUCGAGUCGAAAAUGUUUCCUGACGGAGAUGAAAGGCGUCCAUCUGAAAAAGUUACUUGUUGGGCACCCGAAUGUGGAGAAAUUUUGAGCCAUGCAAUUAUACAAAAGUAUGCGGAAACCCAAAAAUUCAACGCCUAUGACGAUGCCUUAUGCCAGCAACAUCUGCAUGCCGGACAAAGCAUUGCUAAAUGCGCAAUGCAAACUUGUCGAGGUGCAAUAUGGCUUGACCCGAUUACCGACAAGAACGUCACGGUCUUUUCUUGCCCCAUCUGCAGACAUCGAACGUGCAACCAAUGUAAUCAACCGUAUAAGCAGCACUCGAAUAAGCCUUGUCCGGUGGGUGAAGCAGCAAGGGCAAAUGCACGGAGGAUAGAGGAGGAGAAGCUCACCAAAGCAUUUAUGAAGAAGGAGAGGAAGUGCCCUAGGUGCAAAGUGCUGUACUAUAGAUCGGAAGGCUGUGAUCACAUUACUUGUGGAAAAGAUACGCACUCCACUGCAAAAAGCUGGGGGUGUGGAUUCGAGUUCUGCUAUCUAUGCGGGGCCGAUUACAACGUGAUACGAGCAAAAGGCAAUAAGUUCCACGCGAAGACGUGCCAGCAUUAUGCAUAG